CCACUGCAUGAGUCUGCACAAGGCGAUUUCACCGCAAGGCCAUUGUCUAUACGGCAACUAAUUUCCUGAACGGCCCGUUUGAUAACCAGUUGGCUUUUCUCCGGGAUGUAAUGAAGGACCAAAGCAUCCAUGCGUUUUAUGGUCGCCCGGGAAACGAAGAGGCAACGUCGGUCGUUCUUUUUCAUCGUGACCGAACUUCUUCCAUGGCUCGUGGGGGUUCUGUUGUCCUCUUUCCACCCCGUUCAGUACCCGGUUCUUAUCAAGUGGACGUGUGACGUUCCCGGUCUUUUGUCAGACAGUGACGAAAAUAAAAGCUUGGCACCCCUUUUGUGGUCCGUACCCCUCUGCGGGGCCCGCUGUUGCCGUGAAUAGCCCAGCGCUCCGAGACAGGCCCAUAGCCACUCACCUACACCAUCGAUUUUAUCUGUUUUGCUUUCUGAGGAAAAUUGGCAAGACACGGGCAAGCUAUUCACGGCUAUUCAGAGGAGUUUACUUCAAGCGGGUAGCAACAAGAGGCAACAAGGACUAGUUCGAUCUGACCAGCUUAUGUACAUGUGCAAAAACUGUGAACAACAAGCAAGUAAAUGUACGAAUUUAAUAUAAUCAACAAACUGUCAUAGAUUUGUUGGUGUACAAAAUGUGGAGAUGUAUACAUUGUGAAAUAUCAACAGCACGAUGACUUGUAUGAUAUUCAAGACUUUCAACCGGCUAGCAUGCAUGGACGUCACAUCAUUCGUUCAAAGACAUUUUCACGAGGAGCUGGUUCUGUGAAAAUCAUUUCCCUUUCGGGCUAAUAAUUAAUGAACUCCUUUAUGAGUUGAAAAGUGUGCGCGUGAAUGCAGACAUCUCGAAGGGACUUCAAAACGCACCGGCCUGCCACUUGUCGGCGAGAACUCGGUGGUCGUUUUGCAGCUGGUGUUUGAGGGCCGAUUUCCACAGCAACGCCGGUUAUUUUUUCCAGCCAGAACAGAGCUGUACCAGGCGGUCGUGAGAGCCAGCACACGGGGAGACUAAUGCAGCUAAUGACAGAUGACGUGAGGUUGGAAGGUACAUCUGCAGGUACGGUACGCACCUUCAGACCCGACCUAGGAGGGUUCUUAAUCAUCGGUACAUCUUGAUAGCAACGAUAGACUUUUCACCAUUUUAGCUUUGAGAGAUCGAGCAUGAACAAAGUCAGAAGGUGAGGUUCAUUCUGACCACCAUGCCAGUCAAACUUCUUGCCACCAACCCGUUUGCUGAGCCGGCUCGUCUGGAGUAUGAACCGUCACCCUCCCCGGCCAUGCGCGCCUAUCGUUGGAAGAGACCUCUUGGGGUACUACCUCAGUACCUCAAACCAUCCCCCACCGGGCGGGAUGCACCCAAGGUACCGGGGAGAACAAACACUCGGGGAAGGCUGUAUGAUGCCCGGCAGCUCUUCACCAUUACACAGGCAGCUACGGAGCAUCUAAGAGCUGCAACUCAGAUGGGCUACCGGGAGGAGACCAAAAGCUGUGAUUUGGAGCAGUACCGCAUCGGCGCACCGGCACCGCCUUUCGGUGCCAAUAACAACAGUAAUAACACAAACAAUGCUAGUCCAAAGAGCAAGACGCAGCUGCCGAAUAUUAAGCCCGAAGAGAGCUCCAGAUUUGAGCACAGGUUGGGCAGGCAUUCUUACAGCCGAACCGAGGUUCUGCUGAAGCUACAAAGACGGAGGAAGCCAAGAGGAAAACAAGGACCGGCAACGGGCUCCGGGAAAAGCGGAGCCGGUUCCCAAGACUUCCCGGUGAUCGACUCCAAAGAGACAAACACAUGCACGUGUGAGGCAAACUACGUGGCUAGAAUGGCGACCAGGUCUGACUCUGGCUACCUCAGCAAAGACUCGCCAGGCAGCAAAAGCCAGAACGCGUCCCGGAAGGGAAGGCGGGUGAGCAGCUCCGUUACCAGCAGCACGACCAUCGUCACUAAGAUGGCACCAGCAAGUCGCAGUGACUCUUCCCCUUGCAACUCAUUUGGACUGGUAACCAAGGAAGAACUCAACCCGAGAACAUCGUGCCCAAAACUUGAAUUUGAUGAGGCCCAGGUAGACAGUGAGUCUUCUAAACGAAAACUUGGAUUCGUCGAAGUUGCGACACCACUGCACCGGGAUCCAGACACCAGUGGCCCGGAGAGUGAUGACCAGGAGCGGUCGACUGGCACCUCCAGCCCGGUGGUGUCCAACGACGCCGACAGCGUCUGUGAGGAACUCCAGAAGAUCGUCCUCCGGCAAGCCAAGCAUGACCCGACCUGCGCCACUCCCUUCGGCGUCCGCUGGCGGGAGGAUUUGGACGAUACUCCGGGCUCUGACGACUCUGACAAAAACCGCUUCGACCGGGCCAUGCAGGCCCUCCAGCCGCGCGUACCUCACGUAGUCUGGCCGGAGAACAGAUAUUACUCCCCUCAUACCGUGUUUGUGUACGCCAGUCCUUCCAGGCUUGCUCCUGUAGUCAUACCGUCACACAGCGUGGAUUGCCCGCAGUGCAAGUUCUACCAAGCCUCUCCUAAGGGGGAUAUCUGCCCGCCGAAUAGCCCGACUCCUUGGAUGGAAAAGGAGUUUGGAUUCUAUCCCGUCGAAAGACACUUCGGAUCAAAAGCUGAACAGUAAUCUUAUCUCAGCUGAUAAAACAUGUACCUGUACAUAAUUAUCUUAUAUGAAAUUAACUUCACGUCUUUUCUUGAAUAGCGUAAUCUUACAAUGACUUAUAAACAUACUUAAUACAUUUAUGUGUCUCUGUUUUUGUACUAUUUUUGUUUAUCAUAUCGCCACGGAUUUGAUCAAAUUGAUAGCAUAAUUCAGUCUGACACAAGCCGUUCAUUCAUCAGCCAAAAUGUAUAAUUUUAAUCAGAAUAGGAAAGUCCUGUUUGCCGAAGUAUUUUUACCAA